UCGCCGCAUGAAUCUAUCCGAGGAAUCCGGGAAUAAAGCGCUCGAAUAAAAUCAAAAUUCCAAGUGACACUCGCCAGCCGCACAAAAGACUACACGCGACUGACCCGGUCAGCGACGACAACACAGUCCUCGGCCGCCCAUCAAUUGAUGGACGAGGAAAAAAAGAAAGAACGAUACUCCUCUCUGUGACCCGAAUCGAUCGUCCCCGCGAGAGAAGCAUAAAAGAGCGGCUAUCGCUAAUGGCACGCGGGCGAUGGUUACUCAUAUCGCCCGGUGUUUUAUGCUAAGUAGCCGAUCGUCACUCCGGGCACGCGGCGGCGACUUUUCCCUGAUUGAUGAACCGCCCGGCGCGUCUACGUAUAGGACACAAUGAUGCACCUUGUUUUCGGAGCUUUAUAAGCCCCCGCCCACAUGUGCCGGGACUUCAGUCCAUGGGCAAACUCACACGUCUGCAGUCAUGCGGCAGUUCCGAUCAGUGCCGUGCCUCGAGGUCCUGCUGCUCGUGCCGCUAUGCCUCGGAGUCGCCAUCGAGCCGAUCCUCCUGAGCUACCCGUCGCGUCGGACGGCCCAGAGGGUCUACCUGCCGCCGGAGUCACCGGGCUUCGCCCUGCCGGAGGUGAUAGACAACCGAGCUAGGCUGCCGUCGGUCAGUUCGGUGGACAUCGAGCCAGCCAGACCCGCUCUGGGACUCCAAACGCCGUUCGCCAACCAGGCCGCCGAUUUCUAUCCGGUCUACGCGUUCACCAGAGGCUCCGCCCAGGAGCUGAGGCAGAGGAACGUCGCCGCGACGGAGAACGCCAGCAACGACGUCUUCGGGGAUCUGCUUCCCGGCCAGGUGCAGAUCAACGACAUGUCUUGCCAGAACAGCGCGGAAGAGCUUUACUUCAGAGCCUCGUUAUCUCCGCCAAAGGACUCGGACCAUCCGGUCAUCGAGAACGCGGGCAGCGGCUCCUGCAAGAUCGUCAAGCUCAAGAGCGAGUACCGGAUCGAUUUCGGCAAGGAUGACUUCUGGAACUGCGGCGUCGUCGACUGCUCCGCCGACUCCGGCCGCUACUACUGCCUCAGCCUGAGGUUUCCCACGAUCUCCGGCCUCAGACUCAGGGACGAUCUCAAGAUGACGCUCCAGUGCAGAGCGCAGGAGCGCGUGGCCUCGCACACGCGCCGCCUGCAUCUGAAAGCCAUUGACACCGCGGCGAGAAUGGCGCCGAGAGUGGCGGCCGGCGGUCAUAAAAGCGCCUUCGAGACCGACAUCGCGCUCUACAGGAAGAGCUUCGGAGCCGGCAGUGCCGAGCAGCAGGUCUUCGACGCGAAGAUCGAGUCGGGCGGAACGCUGCUGCUGGGAGAGGAGAUACUGCUCAGGGCCGCGGUCCGCGAAGGAGAUGGCUGGAAGUACUCGAAGAUAAGCGAAGUAACGGUGCACUUCGUGGAGAAGCGCCAGCGCAAGAAGAUCAUGAACAGCCUCUGGAUUUUGGACUCCGAGGGAUGCCUGAACCCGCAGGUGCGGGAGAUCUGCUCCGGAGAGCAGUACCGAGUGAGUCCGCUCGAGAGCUACCUGCUCUUCAAGGCCUUCAUGUUCGAGAGCAUGCAGGAGAGCGACGAGAUGGUGCUGAGCGUCAAGGUGAUCGGCUGCCUCAGCGGCGAGGACUGCGCUCUGAACUGUCCGGCCGGUCACUCGAGGAAGGCGCGAGACCUGGGGGCUCAGGGCAGGAGCGGCACGCACGAUUGGCAGAACGACAUCACGUUCAGGGUCGUCGCUUCGCUGAACAGGGCCGAGGCUGCGAGUAGGUGGCAGACGGUGGGGCCGUACGCGGGGUCGGUUCUGGUCUUGGGAGCGAUCGUCGCUCUUGCUUGCCUUGUCGAGUUUUACACGAGAAAGAGGAGGCCGUUGCGGACGUGAGAUUAUUCAUAGGUGUUCGAAUCGAGUCUCGAAAUUUAUGUGAUGAUAGUACUCACCCUCUUAGACUGAACGUAUAGGUGUAUUUAUUUUAUGUAAUCAAUGAUGUCUAUUUUUAAACCGUAGUCUAUACUUUCUUCUCUUCAGUAUUGAAUGAAAUCCGAAGUUACCGAUACCGAUUAAUUUACUGGCCAUCAUAUGGGUGCCGUAUAUGUAUCUGAUUCAUGUAACCUAUUUAUAGCUUGUAAUAAAACGCAUUCUUUUUUUU